AUGGCUGCCUCCAGCUACCGACUGAGUCAGGACCAGUUUGUGUGCCCCAUCUGUCUGGAUGUGCUCACCGAGCCAGUGGCCACACCAUGUGGACACAACUUCUGUAAGAGCUGCAUCACUCAGCACUGGGCUGUCAACAUCCCGUGCAGGUGUCCUAUGUGUAAGGAGGUUUUCUACACCAGACCGGAGCUGCGGGUCAAUACUCUGAUCUCUCAGAUGGCCGCUCAGUUCAGACCAACCCAACCAGAGCCAACACGUGGAGCAGCAGAGGAGGUUUCCUGUGACGUCUGCACUGGAACCAAACUGGGAGCCUUGAAGUCCUGCCUGGUGUGUCUGGCCUCCUACUGUGGAACUCACCUGGAGCCGCACCUGACAGUGCUAGGGCUGAAAAAACAUCAGCUGAUCCAUCCUGUGGAAAACCUGCAGGUUCGGAUGUGCGUGAAACACUAUAAACCUCUGGAGCUCUACUGCAAGAUGGACCAGGUGUGUGUCUGCAUGCUCUGCAUGGUUUUAGACCACCAGACACACAAUGUCGUCCCUGUGAAAACAGAAUACGAAGAGAAAUUGACUGAGCUGGACGAGAAAGAGGCUGAGCUUCAGCAGAUGAUCCAGAAGAGAGAGGCGAUGAUCGGGCAGCUCAAACACUCGGUGGAGGUCAGCUAUGAAAGUGCAAACAGAGAGAAAGAACAAGGUCUUCAGGUCUUUGCUGCUCUGAAGGAACCCAUCGACCGAGGCCUGGCUGAGUUCAUUGAGACGAUCGAUAACAAACACCGACCAAUAGAGAAGCAGGCCAAAGGCUUGGUUGCAGACCUGGAGCAAGAGAUGUUUGACCUGAAGAAGAAAAGUGAGAAGCUGAAGCAGCUCUCGUGUUCUGAAGACCACUUCCAAUUCCUCCAAACCUUCUGGUCGAUUGAGGAGGCCAAAGACUGGACAGGUGUUAGUGUCCGUCAGCCGUCGUAUAAAGGGACUGUGGCAGCGGCUGUGGCUGAGCUGGAGGAGGAGCUCAGUAAAGAGAUGCAGGUCUUCUUUGAGGCAGAGCUGAAGACGGCCCAGCAGUAUGCCACCAACGUGACCCUGGAUCCUGAGACAGCGAACCCGUGGCUCGUCGUGUCUGACGACAGGAAACAGGUGACGUUCGGUGACGUAAACAAGAAUCUCCCCGACAACCCCAAGAGGUUUUCUUAUUAUGCCAGUGUCUUCAGUAAGAACAGUUUUUCGUCAGGAAGAUUUUACUUAGAGGUUCUGGUUGAGGGGAAGACGAAGUGGGACUUAGGAGUAGCCAGUGAGUCGGUGGACAGGAAGGGCCAGGUCACACUGAGUCCUCUGAACGGUUACUGGACCGUGUCUUUGAGGAACGGGAACGAGUACAAAGCUUUCGCUGAAACUCGCGUCCGUCUCCGUCUGAAGUCUGUGCCCAAGAAGGUGGGCGUGUUUGUUGACUACGAAGACGGUCUGGUGUCUCUGUACGAUGUGGACACAGCUGCCGUCCUCUACUCCUUCACCGGCUGCUCCUUCACGGACAAACUCUUCGUCUUCUUCAAUCCCUGCAGUAGUGACGGUGGGAGGAACUCCGCCCCUCUGGUCCUCUGUCCCAUACAGAACCUCCAGUUGAAGCAGUUAUACUCCAGAAUAAAAAGCGGAAUAAAUAACUGA